AAGGGAGUACAACAAGAUUUACUGGAAUACCGACAACAAUGGGACCCGGAACUGGCUUAGCGAAUGCUGGGGAAUGGGGAAAUUCGGGGUAGGUAUUUAUUGAGGGGAUGUUGGUAAGGUCAUACGGAGGAUUCUAUUCGGGCAAAUCGAGUCGGGGUAGGUGAAGCAUAGGCACAAAGAAAAUGGAACCUAUAUAGGUGCCUGCCUGUCUACAGUACCCACCAAUAUGUGAGCAUCAUAGUGUACCGAGCUAUGCUCCUAUGUGAUCCUUUAGUUGUAAGCCAUGAAGUCAACUUGGAAACACGCUGCUAGCAUCUCGGUGCUCACUGCUGGAGCUACCGCAGUAGACGCAAUACAGGACUAUGCGCAAUACGUGAAUCCCUUCAUUGGCACCGAGGGCCCGAUUCCCGGUACAAGCUACAUUGCUGGGAAUGUCUUCCCGGGAGUCACCCUCCCCUUUGGCGCGGUGAAGGUGGGAAUCGACACAAAUCUACUGAAUUACACGUACUCUGCUAACGCGGGCUACACCCCCGACGGCUACGUGACCGCCAUCACGAUGCUGCACGAGAGCGGCACGGGCGGUGAGCCGACCUACGGGCUCAUACCCCAGAUGCCCCUGACCACCCUCGACGGCGUCAACGUGCUAGACAAUCUGACCUACAUGCAGCCGAGGACCGCCGGCGAUGUAGCCAGCGUGGGAUACUACAAGACGCAGCUGCAGAACGGCGUUACCGCCGAAAUGAGCGCCAGCAUGCAUGUCGGGAUCAUGAAGUACACGUACCCCGACGAUGCGGACGGCCGCUUUGUCCUGGUCGAUGUGAGCCAUGUUAUCCCGAGCAGGGGCAGCAAGGGCCAGCAGUAUAGCAAUGGGAUGCUGGAGCGUAGCGAGGAUGGCACGCAGUACUCGGGCUAUGGCGUAUAUCGAGGAGGAUGGGCCGGGGGGGACGAUUAUCGAGUGUACUUCUGCGCCGAGUUCGACUCUGCGCCGGCGGAGUCCCGGCUGUUCUCUGGGAGGUCUACGGAUCCGUACUGGCCAAGUGUAGUCGGCGUCGAGCCCUCUUUCACGAACAGGACCUGGAUUAACGGUGGAACGGUGGGGUACCAGUACGCAGAUCGCAUUGGCGCUUUGUUCGAGUUUCCUCCCAAUGUCACGACGGUCAGUUCCAAGGUCGGGGUCUCUUGGGUAUCUACCGACAAGGCAUGCCAGUUUCUAGAUGAAAUCCCGGGUUGGGACCUCGAUGAGGUUAAGGAUGCUGCUCGGGAUCAAUGGAACUCGGAUGUCUUCUCGACGAUUGACGUGACAACGACGAACGAGACGCAGUUGGAGAUGUUCUACACGGCAAUGUAUCAUGCUCACCUACUGCCUUCGAACCGAACGGGGGAGAACCCCUAUUGGGAGUCCGAUGAGCCGUAUUACGACGACUUCUACACAAUCUGGGACACGUUCAGAUGUCUCAGUCCUCUCCUGACACUUAUCCAACCCCAGGCACAGAUAGAAAUUGUCAGGACCCUAAUCGACAUUUGGAGAUUCGAGAGGUUUAUGCCCGACGGGCGAAGCCACAACCACAACGGCAGAGUCCAGGGAGGGUCCAACGCGGACAACGUGCUUGCCGAUGCUUACGUCAAGGGGCUCCAAGGCGGCAUCAACUGGGCAGACGGAUACGCAGCGAUGAAGGCCGACGCGGAGAUCGUGCCGUACAACAAUUACGACAUCGAUGACUCCACCGGCAGCACCAAGGAAGGGCGGGGUGCACUGCAGGACUGGAAAGAGUAUGGCUACGUGACACCAAAGUUCGGUCGGUGUCUUAGCAAGACGGUCGAGUACUCGCUAAACGACUUCUCGCUAUCGCAGGUCGCGAAGGGAGAGGCGCCGGAGGAUGUGGCAACAUAUCUCAAUCGCUCCGCUGGAUGGCAGCGGACAUGGGCCGCCAACGUAACAUCGUUGAAUUUCACUGGGUUCCUUGCGCCGACAUACCCGAACGGUAGCUACGAAGAGUACGACCCCUUGGCAUGUGCUGACUGCGAAUGGACCAGCAUCAGCUACGAAGGCGUUCCAUUCGAGUACAGCUGGACGAUCCCCUUCGACAUGUCCACCCUCAUCACCCUCAUGGGCGGCGCCGCCCAUACCGAAGCGCGACUGGACACGAUGUUCAUCCCGGGUCUCUCACGCUCGAACCAGGGCGGCAACGGCGCGGGGACCGCGAUCUUCAACCCGGGCAACGAGCCGAGCUUCAUGACGCCGUUCCUGUACAACUACCUGCCGCAGCGGCAGCACAAGUCCGUGCAGCGCUCGCGCGAGGUCGUCGACCAGUUCUACCACACGGGGCGCUCGGGGAUCCCGGGGAACGACGACGCCGGGGCGAUGGGCAGCUGGCUCGUGUGGAACAUGAUCGGGCUCUAUCCGGUGGUCACGCAGCCCGUGUACCUGGUGCUCGCGCCGCGGUUCGCGAACGUGACGGUGAGGCUGGGGAAGGGGGGCGCGGCGCUGAGGAUCGAGGCGCAGGGGUUGGAGGGUGGGCCGUUUGUGCAGAGGCUGAGGGUUAAUGGCCGGGAGUGGAAUCAGAGUUGGGUUGGUCACGAGGAUAUUGUGCGUCCGGAUGGGCGGGACAGCUUGCUCCAGUUUGAGCUGGGGGAGGAGAGGGUCGCGUGGGAUACGGGUGAGGUGCCGCCUAGUCCUGGUCAUGUAGAGCUCUGAUGCGUCAGCAUAGGUACCUACCUUCGUAGGGUGUACAAAUACAGGUAGCACCUAGCUGAGCAGGCACUGUCCAACCUCAACUAUUUUUUUAAAUCUAGGUACAUAGCUAAUAGGUACUAAGAUAAGUAUUCCAUAGUAUAGUAGAGACAGCUUGGUAGAACUACUGCUACGGUUCUAAGCUAUAUAGAAUCUUGACAUUCCCUGCCCUAGCC